UUUUAUACGGAACUAAACAUCACGGAACGUUGUUCACGGAAUGGUUUCAGUGCUGCACAAUAAUGGCAUCUGUGGAAAAGGCACAUGUGGAGAACUCAGCUGUGAUAUUAGAAGAGGAUUCUGAGCCCCAGGAGGACCACAGUGCUGAGAGUGAUGAUUCUGACAGAGGGAGCGAUGGCGGGGGGUCAGAGGAUGGAGGGAGCGAUGGAGAGGGGUCAGAGGAUGGAGGGAGCGAUGACGGAGAAGAAGAUGGAGAGAGUGAUGGGGAGCAGGCUAAGUAUGGAGGGAGCGAAGGAGAGAAAGAAGAGGGUGAAGGCAACAGAGAAGCAGAUGAUGUAGACACCAACCCCAAUGCUGGAUGGGCGGAGGCCAUGGCCAAGAUUCUGCAGAAGAAAACGCCAGCGAGCAAACCCAGCAUCCUGCUGAAGAACAAAGAGCUGGACAAGAUGAAGGAGAAGGAGAAGAAGGAGAGUCUGGAGAGGAAGAAACAGACUGAUAAAAGGCGAGCUUGGGAGAUGAUGUGUCGAGAGAAACCAGACGUUGUAAAAGACAGAGAGAAUGAGAGGAACCUGCAGAGAGUUGCUACCAGGGGGGUAGUACAGCUGUUCAACGCUGUGAGGAAACACCAGAAAACGGUGGAUGAGAAGGUGAAGGAGGCGGGCGGCUCGGAGAGGAAGAAGGCCAAGCUCCUCUCCUCUGUCUCCAAGAAAGACUUCAUCAACGUGCUGCGUGGCACAGAGGGAGGCAGCGAGGUUGUCACCAAGACAGAGAGACAGAUGACUGGCAGGGAGGCAGAAGAGAAGCCAGCCUGGAGCGUGCUGAGAGACGACUUUAUGAUGGGAGCCUCCAUGAAGGACUGGGACAAGGAGAGCGACGAGGAGGGGGGUGAGCAGGAGGCACCAGAGGGUGUGGAGGACGACAACAGCGAGUCGGACUGAGCAGACUGGCCCAUCUAAGUGUGUGUAUGACUGAGCACGCCCAGGACUGUGUGUGUACACAAGACCGUGCCUUUUGAGUCCACUGUGAGGAAUGGAGCUGAAGGGUCCUGCAUCGCUGAGAUCGGCUCAACCCAGCCUCCCUCUCCUCUUCCCCCAGAGGCAGCUCUACCAGGCCCAAAGACCCCUCUUUUGAAUUUUCUAUAUGGAACAAGGAGCUGAAGAAAGACUGCGGUCCAGGUCCUGUUCUGGCCCACAAUGCUUUGGGUCAGGAUACCUAGUUUGUGUAAUGCUGGUGCCCUCUGGCUUGUCAAGGUCCCACUGAACAUUUUUCCAUCUGAACUCUGCUGUGUAUAUAGACCCUUUUCCCCCCUAACAGUUGCAUGUCCCUCAAUAAAAAGCCAGUUGAUAAACUUU